GGCCGUUGCAUUCCGUCCCAUCACUGUGGUCAGAAACGCCAUGGGUUGAGCGCUGAGCGCUGAGCGCUGAGCGGAGCGCUGAAAGGCCGUUGGAGCCAACGGAUGAAUGAGCACGUGGCAAAGAUCCUACAGGAGCUCAUUUUCUUCCUGGCGCUGGUAGGAGUUAGUGAAUGCCUUCGAAGGCUGGUCAGACGUGCGAAGCCAGACUCCCGUGUGGCGGAGGCCUUGCUUAUUUGCAGCUUAGUGCUUGGAUGGUACAGUGUUUCCAUCACGCUGGUGCUGCUCAACAAAUGGGUUAUGACAUCCUGGAAAGGUGGUCUGCCUUUCCCCCUUUUUUACACGAUGAGUCAUAUGAUUUUGAAGGGCUGUUUUGCCCUGUUCUACUUGCUGGUCACCUGUCAACCAUUGAAGGUACCCAGUUGCGGCGCAUGCUUUGGAGCAUCGAUCGUGGGUUUCAUGACGGCGCUGGACGUGGCUGCUUCAAACAUGAGCUUCCUUUUCAUCACAGUGGCUUUCUACACGAUGCUCAAGUCUGCAUCUCUGAUUUUUAUCCUCGUGUUUGGCCUGCUCCUACGAAUGGAGCAAUGUAGUUUGGGCAUUGCUGGGACAGUACUUUUGAUCGCCUUUGGGAUUUUCAUCACUUCAUAUGGUGAGACCGAGUUCGAUGCCACGGGUUUCUGGCUGGUCCUCAGUUCAGAGGUUUUUGCUGCCAUGCGUUGGCUUGCCACGCAGAAGACCUUACAUUCCAGCGGCCUCAGCGCGAUGCAGACGGUGCUCUUCAUGUCUCCUGCGUCCUCAGUGACAUUGGCGCCCAUCGUGGUCUUGAGAGAAUGGCACGAGUUGACCUUUCUGGCGGAACCACAGGAAGUGCUUCACUAUUUCCUGCUGGUGCUGGUGCCGGGUUUUUUAGCAUUUCUCCUGCUUCUGAUUGAGGUGCAACUGGUGAAAGUUACGUCGUCAUUGACCUUGUCCGUCUUUGGCAACCUGAAGUCAGUAGUGACGAUCAUCUUUUCCAUUGUUGUCUUCGGUGAGACGACCACCUUGCUGCAAUGGUCCGGUCUUUUGUUGGCCCUGACUGGGAUGUUGGUUUAUGCGAGAUUGAAAAAUAAAUCGCUGGCCGUGGACUCCCUGGCUCUCGUGCGCUACGAGGUCUUGCCACAGGAAGAUGAGGAGCCACUGGAGGGCAAUGAGAAUGGAUGCGGCGAGGUUGAUGUACAGAUAGAUGAGCCAAAGGUGCCCCCACCUUCCACAGUUGGUGCGAAGACCGCGCCGGUUGAGGAAGAGCCGCAAUGACCCCCAAAAAAA